AUGAGUAGCGACCGAACAACUAUCAUUAUUAACUUCAUACUAGUUGGUGUAUGUUUAGUUGCCUACAAGUGCGCCUUUAUCGCAACUAUUGUACUUCACCUGUUCGGUCUGUUGCAUUACCGUCUUCUGCUUCUUAAGCUGCCUACAAUCUACCCGUUUCCUGACAUACUGUUAUUCUUGGGUUUUUUUUUCGUGAUUAGUAACCGCACUGGUACCAAGAUCACUGAUAACUCCAAUGCCUCAUCUUCUCGUCCAAUUACACAUCUUCAAGCCUCCAAGCCAGCUUCUCUCACCGUCUCGAGCCCUACCAAAUCUACUAAUGCUGAUAUAAUGAACGCGCUUACUGAUUUUCGAGCUGAAUUCUUAUCCAACAGUAAAGCCCAAUCGGAUGCUUCUUCUUCCCAAUUUAGGCAAUUGAAAGGUGAACUUGGGCGGCUGGUAUCUCAAGUUUCUGAAGUCAGAAAACUGUCUAUUACGGAACGAGGUUGUUAUUCUUAA